UAGAGAAAAGACUCUGCAGACAUUUCACAAGGAUUGUGAUCAGAGGGAAAAGAGGUAGACCGGUUCCAAUUCUCGUAACUCAGAAAAUGCUGAAUGCAUUGGAACUCCUGGUUUUAGAGAGAAAGGCAUGCGGGGUUCUCGAAGAGAAUGGCUACAUGUUUGCAAGACCAGCAGCUAAAACGCAUUUCCGUGGCUCAGAUUGCCUUCGGGCUUUUUCAGGAGCAUGUGGUGCAACGUGUCCCAAGGCACUGACUUCCACCAGGCUACGGAAACAUGCUGCAACACUCUCAACAGUCCUCAACAUGACAGACACAGAGAUGGACCAGUUGGCCAACUUUCUUGGGCAUGACAUUAGAGUCCAUCGUGAGUUCUAUCGACUACCUGAGAAAACACUGCAGCUUGCCAAGGUCAGCAAACUUCUAAUGGCCCUCGAGCAAGGAAGACUGGCCGAGUUCCAUGGCAAGAACCUGGAUGAAAUCACCAUAGGUCCAGAUGACACAGUUCUUUGUCAUGAUGAGACAGAUGACACGGAUGAGACCAGAGAAGGACACUAUUCAUCUCAAGAGUCUUUGGCAGAAGAGACUCUUCCACCUACAGAGGAAAAUGACAUCCCACCACUACACAAGAGACACAAACUAUCAUCAGCAGAGGAUGACAGCGUUGGAGCUGUGACACCUGUUGAAGGGUCGAGGAAUAAAGUCCCAUCAACAAGCAAGAGAAGCAAGCCACCAUCAGGAAAGGAUGACAGACUCAGAGCUGUGACGUCUGUCAAAGGUGAUUAUUCUUUCUUUUUUUUAAUCUUUUUCAUUCUAACAUAGCACAGUUCAAUCCUACAGUGAAGUUGUCCUUGAUGCAGAGACUAAACCCCAAAU